AAAAUAAUUUAGAUUGAAAAAUAUAAUACAGGUAGGAUAAUGCAUUAAAUUGGAGUGCUUGCAUAGAAUGGUCACAAACUAAAAAAUUGAAGAGCGCUCAUCUGAGAUCCUGAAAUUUGAUUGGGGCGUGCUUUCACGUAGAGAGAAAGCGCGUCAUCUUCUUCUUCGCUUCAAAACUUGCCCGCAACAAUUCGUUGAGAAAAAGAAAAGAAAAGAUUCAUCCAUCAGUUGUUCCCAAAACACAGAGAAAAUACCAAUCCCAUCAUUCCACUACAUUCAUCCAAAACCCACAAAAUCUAGAACAGGAAAACCACCAUGAGAAACCCAUCUCCGCCGUCAUCAUCACCGUCGAAGACGACCACGACCCAGAAAGCAUCAUCGGCGAAAACUACCAAGAGUACUCCAUGUUGCACCAAGGUGGGGUUGAAAAGGGGGCCUUGGACGCCCGAAGAGGACGAGCUACUAUCCAAUUACAUCAAGAAGGAAGGGGAGGGACGGUGGCGCACCUUGCCCAAGCGUGCCGGUCUUCUCCGCUGCGGCAAGAGUUGUCGCCUUCGCUGGAUGAACUAUCUUCGACCCUCUGUCAAACGUGGCCAGAUCGCCCCCGACGAAGAGGAUCUCAUCCUCCGCCUCCAUCGCCUCUUAGGCAAUCGGUGGUCUUUGAUAGCUGGAAGGAUUCCGGGACGGACAGACAAUGAGAUAAAGAAUUACUGGAACACUCACCUGAGUAAGAAGCUGAUUAGCCAAGGAAUAGAUCCAAGAACACACAAACCUCUAAACCCUGAUCAGUCCCCUACUGAUCUCAAAGCUUCUUCUUCUAAAGCCAAUCGCAAUGUCGCCGGAACUUCAAACCCUAAACCUAACAACAACCCUGAUUCUUCCAGCUUGGAGGAUACAUCUAGUGGCAGCAAAGAAAAUCCAUCUCUAGAUCAUUAUCAAAGUGGGAUAACCUCAGGAGGUUUAGGUGGUGGCUAUGGGUUCACCAGCUUGCUCAACUGUGAUGAUUCUGGGGUGGAAAGGGGAAGCAACAACAACCAAGGGCUUAGCAAUGAGGAGGAGGAUGAUAUCAACUGCUGCACCGACGAUGUUUUGUCUUCUUUCCUAAACUCAUUGAUCAAUGAAGAUGCUUUUGCUAGUCAUCAGGGAAAUGGUAUUGGAAUUGCACCAAGCUCUGAUCCUCUGCGUUCCAUGUCUGCAGCAUCAGUUUUUGGGUUUGGGACUAGCUGGGAACCUCCCAUAAUGUCUUCCAACUUCAUCCCAAAUGAUCCCAAAGAGGGUUAACAUAUAAGAAGCAUGAAAUAUGGAAGCUGCAUGCUACUUAAUUAUGAGCUUAUAAGAAUUCUAGGGUUUGGGUUGUAUCACUUUCAUGUAUGAUGUUUCUACAUAUUUUCUUGUUCCACUUUGAUCAUAUAUGUUAUUUUCAUGUUGUUGGUAUUUAGGGAUAUGUAUUGAUAUUUGUAAACCACAUGAGUGGAACAAGGAAUUGAUGAUAGACUUGAGUGUGAAGCUGUGUUCUUUUAUAAUUAAGUUUGUUAGUUUUUGUGUUUUAUAUUUAGCUCUUGUUAAUUUCUCCGAGUUCUAGCUAUUUCAUUUCUUUAUUUUUGCAUAUAUCUCUACAACAAUGAUACAUAUACUUAUAAACAAAAAUGUUGUUUCUUAAACGUAUAUGUGUAACAAGAUUAUAAGGAUUAUACAUGUUGAAAAUGUCAAACUAAUGCAAAAAUUAACAAAUUAAUGAGAGGAAACGACUCAAGUGAUAUUGUUUACUGUUGGUGUAAUCUUGUGACGAUAUAUACAUAUAAGUAAAUUUUCCAAAGGAAAAUUCUGUAUGUUUACAUAAUUAAGUUGGAGAGAACAUGGAAACAAAACAGACAAUUACACAAAAUUCAUACGUACAAAUAUAUAUGAUGUGUGUGAAGAAAUAAUAGGGCUAAUAGUCUAAUACUUAUUUUUAUCAACAUAAUAUAUACUGGCCCUGUAUUCUUCUGUUCUUUUUUGAAGUUUAAUUUCAAGUGAUCCUAAAUUAUGGAGAUAAUAUGUGUGUGCAUGUGCGUCUUGUAUUGUCCACCAAUAAUUGAAUUGUAUGUGUGUGUUUGCAAGGGAUAUUUCUCUAAGAUUUUGGGGCAGAAAGUAGCCAUAAUACUACUUA